AUGACGAUGCCAUUUAGCCCCCUGUCCAGCGACGAGGAGCAACAAAGGAUGCUGGGAAACAGUCGACAUCUCUAUCCUGGGGCAGAGGACGAGGAAGAAGAGGAGGAAGAGGAGGAAGAGGAAAUGGAAGAAGAUGAACGCGAUGAUGAAGGGGAAGAGGAGGAGAAUGGCGAGCUGGAGGGGGAGGAGGAAGAUGACGAGGAGGAGAUGGUGGAGGAGGUCAGGCGUGGAGGCCUCUCACGGGGCGGCAGAAGCGAGGGACACAGGCAGUCAGGUAAAAUGGCCGGACGUCCCACAGGAGACAGGCAGGUCCGACAGGGGAACCCUGGAAACCCCUAUUCGUCUAACCCCGGACCCACACACCAACAGCAGGCCAAUCAGAUACAGCAUCAGCAGCAGCAGCAGAGGAGGCUGAAGGAACACAGCGCCAGCUCGUUGCCAUCUGAGGACGCCCACAUUGCCAUGAUGGUGUUUCGCAUUGGCAUCCCAGACAUAAAGCAAACGAAAUGUUUGCGGUUUAAUCCAGAUGCCACUGUGUGGAAGGCCAAGCAGCAGGUGCUGUGCUCCCUGACCGAGUCUCUGCGAGAUGUCCUGAACUAUGGUCUGUUCCAGCCUGCCACGGAUGGCCACGAUGCCAAGUUCCUGGAGGAAGAGAGGCUGCUAAAAGAGUACCCACAGUCCUUUGAGAAAGGUGUUCCAUAUUUGGAGUUUCGUUAUAAAACCAGGGUGUACAAACAAACAAAUCUAGAUGAGAAGCAGCUGGCCAAACUGCACACUAAGGCCAGCCUGAAGAAGUUCAUGGAUUACAUUCAAACCAGCGCUGUGGACAAGAUGGCCAAGUUCUUAGACAAGGGCCUCGAUCCCAACUACCAGGACUCUGACACUGGUGAGACUCCUCUGACCCUGGCAGUGCAGUGUGAGCCAGGUGGAGGAGAGGCCAUCCGGGUCCUGGUGGAUGGAGGAGCUCAUAUUGACUUCCGUGCCAAAGAUGGACUCACACCGCUACACAAGGCUGUUCGAGGCCACCACCAUACAGCCCUGCUGGUCCUGCUCUCUCUGGGGGCGUCCCCAGAUUAUAAGGACCGGCGAGGGCUGACGCCUCUUUACCACACUGUGCUGACAGGGGGCGACACCUCCUGCUGCGAAACACUGCUUUACCAUCGCGCCAAACUGGGCAUCAGGGACGAGAACGGCUGGGAUGAAACACAUCAGGCCUGUCAGAAUGGUAACUCGCAGCAUCUAGAGCACCUCCUAUUCUACGGGGCGGAUUCUUCCUCCCAGAAUGCCUCUGGAAACACUGCCUUGCACAUCUGUGCUUUAUACAACAAGGAAAGCUGUGCACGAAUUCUGCUCUACCGGGGAGCAAAUAAAGACACAAAGAAUAACAGCGGCCAAACCCCCUUUCAGGUGGCUGUUAUGUCUGGCCAUUUUGAGCUGGGAGAAAUCAUCAAAAACCACAGAGACACAGAUGUGGUCCCCUUUGUGGAGUCUCCAAAGUACGCCCCCCAGAGGCGGGAGAGCUCCCGGACGCUGACAAUACCUCCUCAUCCCUUCCUCAGAGCCAACAGCGACAGCAGCAUGAACCUUCCAGACUGGAUGGCAGUGCCCAACGCCCCGGGCACCAACAUCGUCUCUGUGCAGGGCUACAAGCAUACAGGAACCCUGCGGAGCUCCAGCAGUCCCAGAGGGGCACGGACACGCUCUCCUUCCCGUGGGAGGAUCGGAGACAAAGAGGACCGGAGCAGGCAGAGUCGGAGACAGGGGCCCGUCCCAGCCACCACUACGGUUCAGACUGCGGGCCAGCGAAGACGCCUCUACAGCGCCGUCCCAGGACGUGUUUUUGUAGCCACUCGAUCACAUUCUGCACAGGGGGAGAGAGAAAUCAGCUUCAACAAGGGGGACAGGGUCAAAGUGCUGAGUGUUGGCGAGGGCGGUUACUGGGAGGGGACGGUCAGAGGUCGCACGGGAUGGUUUCCCUCUGACUGUGUGGAGGAAGUGAUGCUUCGAAGCCAAGACAACCGAUCAGAGAGCCGCGGAGAGCGUGCCAAAAGGCUGUUCCGCCAUUACACUGUGGGAUCCUACGACAGCUUUGACGCUCCCAGUGACUAUAUAAUCAAGGAGAAGACAGUGCUUCUGCAGAAAAAAGAUAGCGAGGGUUUUGGCUUUGUCCUAAGAGGUGCAAAAGCUCAGACUCCUAUCGAAGAGUUUACUCCCACCCCGGCCUUUCCUGCCCUGCAGUACUUGGAGUCAGUGGAUGAGGGAGGUGUGGCCUGGAGAGCCGGUCUCAGGAUGGGGGAUUUCCUAAUAGAGGUCAAUGGUCAGAAUGUGGUGAAGGUUGGUCACCGGCAGGUUGUCAACAUGAUCCGGCAGGGUGGUAACAGCCUCAUGGUCAAGGUUGUAAUGGUAACCCGCAACCCUGACAUGGAGGAGGGUUCAAGGAAGAAAAUCCCCCAGCAGAGUAAAAGGCUGAGCACUCCAGCUAUUGCCCUGCGGUCCAAAUCAAUGACUUCAGAAUUGGAGGAGAUGGAUAAACUAGAUGAAAUUCUUGCAGCAGCUCAGCAGACAAUCAGCACCAAUGAGGCGCCGGGGACACGGGGACAGGGGCCAAAAAGGGACAGGGGAAGAAGUUUCUAUGGCAAUGAGCCAAACUACGGGGAUCAGUCCGGGAUGGGGGUGAUGUCAUCGGGGUUGGGCCUAGGCUACGACCGUGGACAAUACACCUCAGGUCAUGGCCCACCGCACGGUAUGCUGCGGCAGAAAUCCAUCGGGGUGCCUGAGGAGGAGAAGCAGUUCCUCCAUCCUCCAGCCAUGAAGUUUGCCCGGAGUUUGUCAGUGCCUGGCCCAGAUGACAUCCCCCCUCCUCCCACCACAGCCCCGCCGGAUCCCCCGUUCUCCUCUGCUCCACCACUCGGUUGGAGAACGAAAACAUCGCAGCAGCCCUCUGUCUCCGUGUCCCAGUCCACAUCCACCUCUGCACACUACCAGCCCUACUCCCAGGCAUUACACUUCACCCAUGGAGGCAGGGAGAGGACUGGUGGUGCCAGCACUGGCCCCAGUACUGGAGCGGUGGACCACACAACCCCCUAUGCACAUGCAGCUGCCCACACUGCUCAAAGCAGGACUGCUUCGCGGAAGGUUGCCUACACUGGGGAGGCUGUUGGAGCUGGCGUAGGGGCUGGUGCAGGGGCCAAGGCAGCUGGUCUUAGGCGAGGAUACAGCACUGCCGUCCCCCCGUCCAGCAUUGCCACUGUAAUGCCUCAGCAACAACAGACUACCCAGAGUCAACCCCAGCGUGCAGACCGCAGUGCAGCUGGCGCUGGAGCAGGCGGUCCUAAAGGAGGGGCGCGGCGAGGUAAGGGUCCAUUGGUAAAGCAGUCUAAAGUGGAGGACCUGCGUAUGGGCCAGGGUACACUGGGGGGCAAAGGCUCCAUGGAGAAAAGCUCCAUUCCUAUUCCCACCAUCAUCGUUAAGGCCCCUUCAACCAGCAGCAGUGGACGGAGCAGCCAGGGCAGCAGCGUGGAGGCUGAUGUUCCAGCAUCAGGGGAGGCAGAUGAAUCCAAAACACCCCAUGGUCCUCCUCCCUCCACCCCUGCUCCACAGCCCCCUGCUCCACCAUCCAUCCCAGCACCCCCGCCUCCAUCCUUGCCUUCUAUUCGAGCCCAGGAUAAUCUGGACUUUACCAGCCAGUUCGGGGCCGCCAUUGUGGGCGCAGCUCGACGAGACAGGGAGCGGUUUCACGAAGCCCGCAGAAAGAGUGCUUCCUUGUUCAUGUCUGCUGAGGAGGAUGUGAGCCUCGGAGGAGUGAGCGAUGGAAUAGGAGGAGUAACACGGACUCAGGUGUCACAGCAACCGCUUAACACACAGGCUGAAAGUUCAUCAACGAGGCUGCGCCCGUCCAAGUCCAUUGAUGAGGGCAUGUUCUCUGGGGAUACUUUCAUCCAUCAUACUCGCAGUAUGCCUCCUGCUUUUGGCUUACCUGAGUACUCUUCACCUGCUCUGGACUAUCAGCCCAAGUCUGUGCCUACUGAUUUAUACACAGCAGCAGGCAGGCAGCCAGCACCCGCUACUACCACCACCUUCAUCCACCCUCUAACAGGAAAGGCUCUUGACCCCACAUCGCCACUAGGCCUUGCCCUAGCUGCCAGAGAACGUGCUCUGAGGGAUGACAGCAGGUUAAGGAGGGGAGCGGAGCAUCACUUUACCCGCCAAAUGUCGAGCGUGGUGUUUCCUUCAUCUAGUGUCACCUCUCAACCAGUGUCAUCCGCCUCCCAGUCUUCAAGCUCGUACCUGGUCACCUCCUCUUCUCUGGCGGCCACAACACCCACUGUCGGACGGCCACCCUCACCCAGAAUCCUCAGAGGAGUUGGGACAGUUUGGAGUGAGGACGGUGGCGGUGGGGAGAGGGAGCGGGAAGGAGGAGGGGCCCGUGAGGGGCUAAGAGUUCGCUUCUCAGAGGACAAAACAGUCCACACACACCACUAUCAGUCUCAGCUGUAUCAGCCAAGUUACAAGGAAAGGGAGCGGGAGAGAUCGAGGGAGAGGGAAAGGGAGAGGGAGCUGUCCAGGGAAAGGGAGAGGGACAAGGAGAGAGAGGGCUACAUGAGGAGGGUGGAGCAGGCAGCUGCUAAUGCAGCAGCGGCUGAAAGCGCCGCCCACCAGGCCGCUCAGUCACAGCAGCCGCGGAGGCCCACUUUUCUCAGGAUGGAAAGUCAAAGUGAUGCCACUAUACUAUCCCUCACACCUCCCUCUCCUCCUCCUACUAGUGCUCAGCAGACAAGGAGCACUACAGGGAGCACGGGAAGUGGGCUCAUGGUUCUCCCUCCCCCUGCCCCCUCAGUCGAUGCAGAUGAUGAAUUUGUCUACGCAGACCCGCUCCCGCCCCCUUUAGAGUUCGCCAACAGCUUCGACAGGGGAAUAUCGAGUUACUCACAACACGCAAUGCUCUCCAACAACCUGACCUCCCGCCAACAGCAGGUCCCGCCCCCUCCACCGCCACCCCCACCUCCACCACCACCACCCCCUCCGCCCCCCCAAAAAGAACAAUUUAUAAGUGGGUUUCCUGCUCAUACACCCCUUCACUCACCUCAGGCCGGGGACUCCACCGCCUCUAGUCUCACAUCUUAUGACAGUGAGGUGGCAAACCUGACUCAGUCUGCUCCCUCCCCAUCACAAACAUCACCCAACCCACAGCCUCCACCCUCACCCUCUACCCUGCAGCCCACCUCGGGCCCUCCACCUCCACCAUCAGUGUCACCCCCACCUCCUCCUGGCUCUUACCACAGACCCUUCUCUAUGUCCCACCACCUUUACAACAGCACUCACACUCCUGGGCGCUCUUCACCAACACCUCCCCCUCACACUGUCGCUCCUCCUCCAGCCUACCGUGGUCCCCCAGCGCCCUCGUCCACUGCUGCCACCACUGUCCCACAAAGGGGCACUGCCUCUCAUGCCACGACCGCUAGCUGUGCUGCUACAACCACCACUGCUGCCACCACAACAAGCACCUCCACGCAGCUCUACCAGGAGCGAACACACACCACGCAUUCAACAUCUUCUGCCGCCAUCACAGGAAGCCGAAGGUCAGGAGAGCACCACCGUCCUCCCCCGACCGCCAAGAAAGGAGAAUCCCAGGAGACUGUGGUGGACUCUGGGAUCGAAGAGCUGGACAGUCGCAGCAGCAGUGACCACCACCUGGACAGCAUCCUGGCUCUAAGGGGAGACAGACUAGAUAGAGGGGAGAGAGGAGGACCUGGAGGACGGAUGGGAGGGGGAGGGGAUGCAGAGAGGGGAGGAGAUUUUCUGGAGUCUUACAUGAGCUACCUGGAUGGACAGACUUUUGAGAUGCAGAACGCUACGGCAGCAGCCUCCACCUACCCUAAAACCAACAGGUUCAGAGAGGGAGGUCGUGCCGGGGAGCUACAAAGACAAACCAGCACCGCUCCCGCGUCCUUCCACUCCCACAGACGGCGAGAUGAACAGGAAGAGGAUGAGAUCGAGGAGGGAGUGGCAGAGGAUGAAAGUGGCCAGGACGGAUAUGGAGUAAGGGACAUGCAGAAUCUGGGACGUCCCACUUCACCAUACUUUGAGCGGCCACGCACUCCUGAGAUGAAGCCUCUUUGGGGAGAGAGUCAGAUGUCUGGCGAUGGGAGCGGCCAGCAUGGGACGCUUUUAGAGGGGAAGAAAAUUUACCCUCCCGCAUCCAGUAUGAAGCCCAGCAUCAUCAAUGAACUGAGCAGCAAGCUGCAGCAAAGAACCAAGGACAGCUGGAGCAGCCAGACACAGCUGAGCAGACACCGAUUUUCAGAAGACUCAGCCUCAGCUCUGAGCCCGCCCUCGGCUCGAUCUCUGUCGCCGUCUCCGAUCUCAUUAUCACAGCCAUCAUUGUCUCCGUCCCCCACCCCUGCCUCCCAGUACCCCAACUGGGGACGAUCACCGUCUCCGCAGCCUCCAGCAGCUUCUCAGCCGCCACGUUCCCAUUCCCCGCUGUCACCGACAUCUUACUCCCCUUAUCCUACUUCUCCCAAACACAGACCUGUCUACAGGACCAAAGCCUUGGAAUUCCAGUUUAUCCCCAGUCGUGAGUCCCGUAAAGCAGAAUCACACAUUCUCCAGCGAAGGCGAGCACCCAGCCCCCUCAUCUCGCCCUCAGAGAGACCCAAGAUGGGCCCACCACGGCCAUCAUCCCUUCCACUUCUCCCUACCUCACCUCUGUACAGUGCCAUCUAUGAUCUCCGCGGUUCGGUCACUCCACCAUCACCUGGGAACCCUCUCGGAGACCCCUACUUCUCUCCCUCACCUCCCCUGUUUGCCCCCUCUGGCGCACCGCCUCCUCCAAACUCAACCUUAGUAGUUUCUCGAUCACUUUCUCCAACUCAUUUCCUGUCUGGGGCCUCUUCUCCGCCUCUGCACCCUCUCCCUCCGCCUCCCUGCUUGAGUUACCCCCAUCUACCGCCCCCUUCUCCCACAAAGCCCUUUGCCUCCAAGCCGCUGCCCUACUGGACCAAGUAUGACGUCGCAGACUGGCUGGGAUACCUGAACUUGGGGGAGCACAGAGAGCGUUUCCUGGAUAAUGAGAUUGAUGGUACCCACCUGCCCUCCCUGACCAAGGACGACUAUCUGGAUUUGGGUGUGACACGAGUGGGUCACCGCAUGAAUAUAGAACGAGCCCUGAGGAGUGUAAUGGACAGGCUGUCCAGCAGCCCCUUUCCCAUUUCUGUUCUCUCACCUCGGGAUGGACAGACGGACAGGAGGAGGGACGACGGGAGUCGGAGCUGAGGCUGCAAAUACAGAGAUGGAGAGAGAGGCACAGAAGGAGGGGUUGAAGCCAAUGAGGGAGGAAGACACAACUGCUGCUGCUAUCCAUGGUGGAUUCACACAACAAAUGAAGGGGGGCCAGAUUUCACACAGAGAGCAUCAGAAAGAGGGAGUCGAGGCCCAAGGGGAGGUGGAAACACAGGGAUGGAGGAAGGGCUGGCGCUCCUCACAUGUGGCAGGCUGAUUUACACAAAUACACUCCCCACGCGCACGCACGGUCACUCCAAUCAACACAACGCAAACACCCUCUCGUCCAAAAUGUCUGUGGCUGCAGCAGAGAUUACAAAUACUUGAGAGGAACAAAAUAAGCCAGUUAGACUGGAAAAGAGGCAGGCUGAAGAAAUGAAAAGGUAUCACGUAGUCAUCUUGUUGAGUAGUGCUCUUACCCCCUCAGCUGGCUGGUUUAAAGUUUACGAUUAAAGAGCGGAUGCUGACUUCAUAAUAAAUAUCCCAGAGGAGCGAGUACUUGAGGGUGAAUGAGGAUGAAUGUGUGCCAGAGUGAGGCUUUAUCUGUGUGCAUGGUGAACGUAGGGCAGGUUAUCGCGACGGCCUCCUCGUCUCUUUAAAAUGAGGCGAAGUCGCCGGUGGAUAAGCUGCGUGUGGCUUGCUGCGUGUUUGGUUGCGUCUUGUUUUUACCUCACCACUGGUAGGGCUCUGUCCUCACUGCAGAUCCUGUGAUCGGGAUCACGCGUGUAUGUGUGUGUUUCUCUAUAGCUCUUUAUUAUCUUAAGUCUUAUAAUGACGUAUAUACAGACUGGUCACUGUAUCACAAAUUUGUAGCAAAAAUAAGUGCCCAGACCAACAACAUAAAAGUAAAUGAACACACAGAUAUGCACACACAGGCACCCGAGUUACUCUAUCCAUGCCUGCAUGCAUACACCAACAUGUAAACACAAACACAAGCACUUCCCAGUGUUUGUGUUAGAAUUUAUGGGACACCUUAUAUAUAGACACACACGCUACGUUUGGAUCCGAGAUGUACAAAACGGAGACAGACUGUGCUUUCAUUGGGAUUUGCGACGACGCAAAGAGACGGAUUUUAUUUACGGAGAAAAACUUUCUCAGCAUCAAGGCAAGUGUUGUACUCUCAUUCAGACCUUCUGUGCGAGGCAGACUGGAAAGGAGAGGGGAGGGAAGGAGUAAAAACUGCCAUUUUCUUGUUCUUUCCCGCUUAAUCCCCCCGGCUCCUUCCAGGAGUGGCCUCUCUCCGUCUGUCGACGAAACCCAGGAGGAAACACCCGGCCGAGGGGAUCCCAGAGAAAAACGCUUAUAUCGAGUUUUAAUACUAUGAUUGUUCUUACACUUUUUAAACUUUAAAUGGGAAUACUGGAAUACUGAUAUUGAUAUGAAGAGAUUUAUUGUUACUAUCUAUCAUUACUAUCAUCGUCCUUACUGUUAUUGGAGCCUCAGAGAGUCCUGGUUUCUGCCUUUGGUGGCUAAGGUGGCGCUUUCGUGCAGUCAGCUUAUUUCUCUGACUGUGAAGUGAAGAUAAUCGUCGUGGUUAUAUAGAUAUAUAAAUAUAUAUAUGUACAUGUAGGUAUUUUUGAACUGAAAGAUAAUACAUAAUGUACCCUUAACAUAGCUUCUAAGUGACAAGAAGCACUGCAAUUAAAUGUGAAGCACAUUUAAGAAUAAUAUGUUUUUCCCCGUUCCUCCUCAUUGUUUCUCCUGUCGUGAGACUGUGAAGCUUUAAUCAAAAUCACCUUUUAACCUUUAAGGCCUCAAAAUAUAUUUUUCUCACGCUUUUAAAAGUUAUUCACCACUUAAGAUGCUGUAAAAAUGUAGCAGCUGUUGCUCUGAGUGAAAAUGAUUUAGAAUAAUACAAAAUAAUAUUUUUCAAAUUCUCUGUAACAUUCUAAUCUACAUAUAUAUCUCGCUCCCUGGCGAUUGAUUUGAGACCCAAGUUUAACUCUUCUCCUGUGACCCGGUGUGACCCCCUGACAUCAGCUUUUGUGGCACAUUUACAUCUCAUCCCAUCCCCAAGUCCUGCUUGUCUUACUAUUGCUGAGAUUAAAUAUAAGGGCUCUGUCAUGACCUCUCUACCUUACAACGCUUCACCUCUCCUGCUGCUUUUGAGUCCAUGAACACAUAUCAAAUGUGCAUUUUUUCUGCUAUUGUUAGUCUAUUUUUGCCAAAAGAUUUAAGAAUUUUCAUAGUCACCUUGCUUAAAAGUGCACAUGCAUGCAUGCAUCCAUACAGACUAUAUAUGCGAUUUAGCAACGGUAACUAAGGGGGGACGGUUUUUGUAUUUGCUCUUUACAGAUGGCUAAGGAAAGACUAUAUUUGAAUUCAAGGGAAAUAGCAAUAAGGACGAUGAAAAUAAUGGUCUAACUAUGGUUUAAGAUGUAAAAAAGAAAAAAAAAUCUCAAAAGUUCUAAAGAAUCUCUGUCUUCCAAAUAAUGUUUAACAUGAAAAGGUAAAUUGUAUUUAUUUAACUCUUCUGCUUUCUAUACAGUUCGACCUGUUCUCUGCACCCACCCCCCCUCCCACUGUUGAUAAUCUGAUGGGAUUAGGAGCUCUGCUCCGUAUUCACCCAUCGUUUGCAUCUUCCCAUAUGUACAGAGCACCCUCUGCAGCCGCUAACACGUGCUAGUAUGCUCACAGCUCAUUGUUUUAUUACCAGCAUAAUAUGCAACGGCCCUGUUUCCACUAGCAGCUGAGACUUUUUCACAUUUCCCUUUCGGAGGUUCUGAAGGGGUGAACAAGCCAAGUGUGACUCUACACGUCUCAAAGUCUGCUAGUGUACAUAGGGCCAAUUAAGAACUCGGGAUAAGAUUUAAAAAACAUCUUGCUGAUACAACGAUCUUGUUAAGUGACUGGUGAGAUGCUGUUUUUUGUUUUUUAAGCCUUUCUUUGCGUUUUGUAGUCGCAUUGGAGAAGUGAAUAUCAGAGGGAAUCGGUCUGACUCUAUAGAAAGCACUUCUUUUCCUUUAAGAGAUCUUUUAAAAAAACGAGAAUAUGAACUGAUGAAAAGUAACUUACAGAAUAUAUAUGUAUAUGUGAUAUGCAUAUACACACAUUCAUAUAAAACAUAUAUGAAUUUCAA